AUGUCGGAAAAGUGGGUACAUGAGUAUUUCAAUCGCAGACUCUCUGAAUGGACUAUUAUAGGGUUUCUUGAAAAAUGUGAUGCAAAUUUAUUUACUGAUAUGAUCAGACAUUACCUUACCUCUCUCGAGAACAUAACUAAAAAUGAUAUUGGAAAUAGGUGUAAAAAGGCACGGGAAUUGCAUGAUCAUUAUAAACAGGCAAACUGUGGAACUUCAAUACACCUACAUCACCCAACAUUUAAGGAUAGUUCCCUAGGAAUAGGGAUGGUCAAUGGCGGAACAUUCAAUACUGACUUGUCACCAAAACAAGACCAAGAGUCUGAUGAUGAUUUCCAACUUGUCACACCUAUCAGUCAAAAGCGGAAGAAACAGUUAUCUCUUUCAAAAAAGGAUAAAAAAUCAAAUGUUUUAGUCAAAAAGGCUAAAACCACCAACAGGAACACAGAUGACGAUAUUGAUGAUCCAUUUAUCAGCGAUAAUGAUUUGGCUGAGAGUUCUGAAUUUUUGAAAGAUAAUUCAUCAUCAUCAAGUUCAAUUAAAAUCGCAUGA